CGUCGGAGUUUCAAAGUGUUUGUUUCGUUUUAGAGAGGUCGCGCUAUUUUUUUUUUAUUUCGUUUCGUUCGGGGACGGACAAAAGCAAAACAUUAAAAACAAAACGCGUCCUACACUUUACGGAACUUAAAUAUUGGCAAACAAUAAUCACCCGAUAAACGCAGUUUAAUUAAAAUAAAGUAAAAAAAACGAAAGUGAUUUUUCUACACAUUUGGGCCACCGCUUUGAGUGUGAGAGCAAAUACUGGACACAAUAUGGUGGCAAGAAACACCAACAACAAGUGUUGUUAAAAGGUGGCUGUGUGUGAACAGAGUGCCGGAGUAAAUAGUCCCGCAAGUGUGUUUUUUACAAAAAAAAAGUAUUAAACAUCUAAACUGGUUGACCGGUUAAAUUUGAAAAUUUUAGCAAAUGUGUAAUUAGCUAUUGAAACGAAAUCGCGAUGUGAUUUUUCUAAAAAUACGUUUUCAGUUAAGGGAAUGUGGCGUACAAAUCACCCGAUCGAUAAUCGUCUAACGCUUAUGCCAAAAAAUGUGUGCGGUUUGACAAAACAAAUUGAGCUUUAACUGAAAUAUAAGUAGCUGCCAAAAAAAAGGCUAACCUCCAUUAGAGCUGGCCAAUAAAUGUUUAUGUUUUUAUGUUCGUUUUUAAGAAUCGCAAGAGUUGAGUUUAAAUUACUAAACCAAGUUUUUAUUUAAUGUUGUAAGCUUCACAAAAAAAAAUUGUCGUUUCGUCAAUAUUGUUUGUGUGCUGACGUUGCCGCCGCCGCCGCUGAUGUCUUCGGUUACUGCGUCGGCGCCCGUUACUUAUGCCUCAUUCAUGUUUACAUUCAACGAAUCUAUUACAAGGUAUUUUUAUGUUCGUAUGUUUUCCAUGGAAUUGCAAUUGUCAUGGGCUACUUUAAAUAAAGCUGAUAAGAGAUGAAUAAUGGUUUUGUCUGAAUGUGUAAUGAAAUAGCUGAAAUAUCUGAAUAUUCCAUAAGUUUAAGGAGUUUGACCAUCGAAGUACUUCAAACAGACACCACAUGGAGUAUCAUUUGGAAUUAAGUCAUCAUGAUGGGACUCCAACGAUUAGUCUGAAAGGCAGUAGAGAGCCACCACUUAAACCGAGACCACCUGGAAGACCGACCGUGACAACGAACGCAAGCAUUCAGUAACAACAUCUCACAACAAAUUCAAACACCAUCUACAACACAUCUAAUAUCGAUAGCAGCUGCAGCAGCAGCGCCAACAACUUAAUUUACCACAUUAACAAAGUUGUUAAUUAAAUCGACAAUUAAUAAACAAGUGCUAAAUUUAUAUUCCUAAAAAAGAUCACAAACAAAGUAAACAGACAACGCUAAAAGCAAAACAAACCAAACAAGAAAAUAGGUGCAAAUAUUUUUUUCUUCUGUUUUUCGUGUGUACAUAGUUUGGAAUUAACCAUUCCGAUUUAAGCAAUAAAGUGACCUUAAGUGAAAUUCAUCUUUAGGCGAGGUGCUUUCAAUACCUAGCCCCUCUAACCCACUACCACUACGGUGGAAAGUAGAAUCUACAACUCGGCUGUUAUAUUUUUUAUAAGAAAUAUUUUUUUUUAAGUAAAUUAAGUGUUAACAACAUUCAUAUCGAUCUACCAACAACCUACCUAUCCACCUUACUGGCAACUAACUUGGCUAAGUGAAGCAGGACGUACCAACAUAUUUUUGGAUUAACUUUUACACUCGUUUAUGCUGGCGCAAAUUUACAUUUCGUUGAAGAAGAAGACAAGACAACAUAAUGGGAACAAAAACACAACCUCAGAUGCACAAAGCAUUUACAUAUACAUACAAUGAACGCAGAAUACGUGCUAAUGAUCGGGAUUUUAACGCCCAAUUCAAAUAUGCUGAUAACUACAUUAAAACGUCCAAGUAUUCGAUGAUGACCUUUUUACCCUUCAACCUCUUGGAACAAUUUCAGCGUUUAGCAAAUUUUUAUUUCCUAUGUCUGCUGGUGCUACAACUAAUUCCGGCAAUAUCAUCACUAACACCAGUUACUACAGCCAUUCCAUUAAUUGGCGUCUUAACAUUGACCGCAGUCAAAGAUGCCUAUGACGAUAUUCAACGUCAUGUCUCAGAUUCUCAGGUGAAUAAUCGAAAAUCAAAAGCUUUAAGAAACGGCAAAUUGGUCGAUGAAAAAUGGUCCGGCGUGCAGGUCGGCGAUGUGAUACGCAUGGAAAAUAAUCAAUUUGUUGCGGCCGACAUACUACUAUUGAGCACAUCCGAGCCAAAUGGCUUGUGUUUCAUCGAAACUGCCGAAUUGGACGGCGAAACGAAUCUCAAGUGUAAACAAUGCCUAACGGAAACUAUUGAACUGGGCAGUAAUCACGACCAACUGUGGAAUUUCAAUGCCGAAAUCAUCUGUGAGAAGCCUAACAAUCUGCUUAACAAAUUCGAGGGCACAUUGAUGUGGCGCAACCAGCGCUAUCCGCUGGACAAUGAGAAGAUCCUUUUGCGUGGCUGUGUUUUGCGCAACACCCAAUGGUGUUAUGGCGUUGUGGUCUUUGCCGGCAAAGACACCAAACUGAUGCAGAAUUCAGGCAAAACCCAAUUUAAGAGCACCGGUGUGGAUCGUUUGCUGAAUUUUAUUAUAAUCGGUAUUGUCUUAUUUCUUUUAUCCAUUUGUGCAUUCUUUACCCUGGCUUGUGCCAUCUGGGAAGGUGUUAUCGGCCAGCAUUUCCAGGCUUACUUGCCAUGGGAAAAUAUCAUACCAAAAAAUAUUAUCCAAGGAUCAGCAGUUAUAGGACUAUUAGUAUUUUUCUCUUAUGCCAUUGUAUUAAAUACCGUAGUGCCAAUAUCACUCUACGUUUCAGUAGAGGUUAUACGUUUUGUUCAAUCAUUUUUAAUCAAUUGGGAUGAAAAAAUGUAUUACGAACCAACCAAAACACAUGCCAAAGCCCGCACCACCACCCUCAAUGAAGAAUUGGGACAAAUCCAAUAUAUAUUCUCCGACAAGACGGGCACCCUCACCCAGAACAUCAUGACUUUCAACAAAUGCAGUAUUAAUGGCCGCACCUAUGGUGACAUCAUCGACUUGCGUACCGGUGAAGUUAUCGAGAUCACUGAUAGUGAUAUCGAUACUAGCCAAAGUAGCAAGAAGAGCACAUUAAAGAAAGACGAUUCCCAAAUGAAUGGGGAUGGAAUGUCUUCGUCAAAACGCCUGCACAAAGUCGAUGUGCAUUUUGUUAGCUCACCAACAACAACGAAUGCAGCCGCCCGCACCAGUCUGUCUUCCAAAAUGCAGGAGGAGCAUAGCACCACCAGCAGUAGCUGUGGCGAUAAGCAAGUAAGCAUCGACAGUGGCACCAGUAUUAGUACCAGUACUGGGUCUACCAUUAGGACAGCUGCCAUAGUACAGCCAAGCGCUUCGUUGGAAAAUUUGCAUUUCAAAGCUGCUGCACUAAGCACUCCUAGUUCACCAAUUGCACCAGAGGUUGGGAGUGAUGAUGAGGCCACAGCAAUCGACUACAGAGCACAAACAAAUCGCAUGCGUACGGCGAGAGUGCGUAUCGACUGCCCCUUGCAGCGCAUAGGGAGGCAAGCUUCAACGCUGUCCACGUACAGUGAAAAAGAUAUUGCACCUGUAGAUUUCUCAGCGAAUCCAGAAUAUGAACCAGAAUUUCGUUGGUACGAUCGAUCACUGCUAGAUGCGGUUCGUUCCGAUGAAGAACAUGCCCACAAUUUCUUUCGUCUGCUGGCCUUGUGUCACACUGUAAUGCCAGAAUAUGUUGAAGGACGCUUGGAAUAUCAGGCCCAGAGUCCCGAUGAAUCCGCUUUGGUUUCAGCGGCGCGAAACUUUGGUUUUGUUUUUCGCUCUAGAACACCGACGGGCAUUACCAUUGAGGUAAUGGGCCGCAAAGAGGAAUAUGAAUUACUGCAUAUUCUGGACUUUAACAAUGUCCGCAAACGUAUGUCGGUCAUAUUGCGGCAGGGAGAUAACAUUUUUCUCUAUUGCAAAGGUGCUGACAGCGUCAUUUAUGAUAGACUGAGCUCCAGCCAACAUGAAAUGAAAGCGCGUACUCAAGAUCAUUUAAAUAAAUUCGCUGGCGAAGGUUUACGUACGCUUGUACUGGCUGAAAGACAAUUGUCUAAGGAUUUCUAUGAAGACUGGAGUAAACGUCACAUGGACGCUUCAAUAUCUUUGGAUAAUCGCGAGGACAAGUUGGGAGUCCUCUAUGAGGAGGUGGAAAGCGAACUGGUGCUGGUGGGCGUUACAGCCAUUGAGGAUAAACUUCAGGAUGGAGUACCUCAAACCAUAGCCAAUUUACAAAUGGCAGGCAUUAAAAUUUGGGUAUUAACCGGUGACAAGCAGGAAACCGCCAUAAAUAUUGGUUAUUCAUGUCAAUUACUCACGGAUGAUUUGGCCGAUGUUUUCAUCGUUGAUGGCAGCACACUGGAAGAGGUGGAAAAGCAGCUAAGACAGUUCAAAGAGUCAAUACGAAUAGUAAAUCGUUUUAGGCCAGCACCUCUCAACUCAUCUAUAAGUCUUAAUUUAAAUGGAGCUCACAAUCAGGAGGCUAACAUGACAGCUGUAAAAAUGUCCCAGAUUUCACCUCCACCGCCUCCGGCUAUAUCGGUUGUCACCUUUAGGUGGGAUGAUGAAGACAUUAAUAAGCGUAAUAAGGGCGAACCGGACAGUGCUGAGACCAAUGAAUUGUAUGACAAUUUAGAAAAAGGUGGCAGUGCGGCAAAAAAUGCCCUGAGGGAGGAUGAAAUCAUUGAGGAGAACACUGGCUUUGCCAUAGUCAUAAAUGGGCAUUCGCUGGUCCAUUGCCUAUCGCCAGAAUUGGAGGCUAGAUUUCUUGAUAUUGCCUCCCAAUGCAAGGCGGUCAUAUGCUGUCGCGUUACACCUUUGCAAAAGGCCUUGGUUGUGGAACUAAUCAAACGUGCCAAAAAUGCUGUUACAUUAGCAAUAGGUGAUGGUGCCAACGAUGUCUCUAUGAUUAAAGCUGCUCACAUAGGUGUUGGCAUAUCCGGUCAGGAGGGUUUACAGGCUGUAUUGGCAAGCGAUUAUUCGAUUGCCCAAUUUCGUUACUUAGAAAGACUUCUAUUAGUGCACGGGCGUUGGUCCUACUAUCGCAUGUGCAAAUUCCUGCGUUAUUUUUUCUAUAAAAAUUUUGCAUUUACCCUUUGCCAUUGUUGGUAUUCAUUCUUUUGUGGAUUCAGCGCACAGACUGUUUUCGAUCCCAUGUUCAUUUCGGUUUACAAUCUUUUUUACACAUCAUUGCCCGUUCUGGCGUUGGGAGUAUUCGAACAGGAUGUGUCGGACAAGCACAGUUUGGAAUAUCCCAAAUUGUACACACCCGGCUUGAAAAGUCAAUUGUUUAAUACCAAAGAAUUUGUGUAUAGUGUUUUACAUGGUGCCUUUAGUUCUUUAAUCUUAUUUUUAAUACCUUACGGUACUUAUCACAAAGGCGUUUCGCCCAAUGGUUAUAUUUUAAGUGAUCAUAUGACUCUGGGAGCUGUGGUAGCCACCAUUUUAAUCAUUGAUAAUACAGCACAGAUAGCCUUAUAUACAUCGUACUGGACUAUUGCCAACCACAUCACCAUUUGGGGCAGUCUUAUUUGGUACUUUGUACUCGAUUACUUUUACAAUUAUGUGAUUGGUGGACCCUAUGUGGGUUCACUUACCAUGGCCAUGAAGGACCUCACCUUCUGGACAACAAUGUUUAUCACGGUGGUGCUGAUUAUGAUACCAGUAUUAGCGUACAAAUUCUAUCUAAUAGAUGUACAUCCUAGUUUGGCUGAUAUGAUACGCAUGAGAAGACGCCACGCCAGCCACAAGGCACGUCACACUAGUAGUGUUAUGAGAGCACCUUCUUCGAGAAGAUCCAGGAGAUCUUUAAGAUCGGGUUAUGCUUUUGCCCACCAGGAGGGCUUUGGUCGACUUAUUACCUCGGGUAAGAUCAUGCGUAAACUGCCGCAAGAGUUUGCUUUCCCCCUGGGUCUGGGUAGCAAGAAGGUGCAAAGUUCCGGCGAUGCCAACAAGACCAAUAACAAUAACAGUGUGCGUGAUAAUAAAAAUGCUGCAGAUAUGGAUGAGACAACGACGUCAGCGUUAAAUGAUGCCUUAACCAAUCAAGAACACAACAGUAGUGAUGGGAUAAGUCCACGUGCUCCUUGCCAAGAUUUAGAUACGAUAAAUCUCUAAAAAAACAAAACCAACAAAAACCAAAACGAAACGAAUUCACAAUUGCAACAUUUAACAUCAAACAACAACAAGAAACAGCAACAUUAUAAACCAAAUCUUCAAUUAUUUUCAUUGAGAAUAGGAAUUAAAACAACAACAACAACAACUAUGUAGACUUAACAAAUUUUUUUAAUUUAAUUUUUUUAAAUGUAAACUUUUAAGUUUGUAACAAACAAAACAAAACUAAAAAAAAACAACUGAAAUUUGUAAUGGUAUAUCAACUUUUUUGAUAUACACAUACAGACAUACACACACUCACCCUCAUACACAUACCUACACAGACAUUCACACCCAAGGAUAAUAUCCAUGAAUAUUUUGAAAAAAAAAAACAAAAAGAAAAAAAUCGAAACAAAAAAACGCAUUAGCUUUAACAAAUACCAGAGAUGAUCUACUAAAUAAUUAUUAUUAUUAAUAACAUUUUUUAGGGUAUUCAAUACGAAAAUGUGAAGAAGAAGAGAAGAAGAGGAAACGUUUAUUUAUUACAAAAGCAUUCGUGCAAAACCACAAACAUACAUACAUACAUACUACUUACCGACAUGCCUCCAUGUGUACAUUGUGACAAACAUUACCAAAAAACAAAGAAACUAAAACGAAAACCAAAAUAAAAAAUUUAGAAAAAAAUCCCAUGAUAUUUAUCUCCUAUGGAAUCAAACUGAAACAAUUGUUGGCUAUUAGAAAAAUUUAUUCAAUUUUCAAAUCAAAUCUAAGUCAAAGUUAAACAAACUCACAAACAUACAAGCAUACAAAUACAACACAACACUCGUACAACAUAACAAGUAAACUUUGGUUGUUUAAACCCCCCAACCCCCCACAGGCGUAUAAGUUACCAUAAUGAAGUACACUCCGCUGUAUUUGAAUAAUGACAGAUGAAGUGCUUAACAGAGAAUUUACCACUAUGAGCAAGGUGGAUAAUGAAGGUGGUCUCACACCAACAGCUGAAAACAGACGGCCAGUUUGACGGUAUAAAGAUGUCAGUUCUGUGUUUAUUCUGUAGAAAUUGUCUAUAGUAAAUCUAUACUGAUUUACAAUUGACAUUGUCACCAGAACUACUGACAAGCCAAUGCUUUUUGCUAUAGACAUUUAAUAUGAGCUGGUCAUUCAGAAGUCAACAGUGAUAUUGUCAAUAGUAAGUCAUUAGGGGAUAUACAGAGACGUUGUGGGAUAUAUAGGGCAUUGUCAAUAGGUACAUUAUAAAUAAAAAAUGUAUAUUUGUAACAAUUAAGUCCGUAAUUUUUUAACUUUUCACUCAAUUUCAAAAUUAUCAGCUAGUUUCAUUCAAGACAUUCAAAUUAGUUUAAACUUAUAUUUAUUUAUUUGUUUAAAAUAUAUAUUCAGUAAAGAAAAAAUUUUUCUAAAACGGAAAUCUUUGGAUAGUUGCCAAAUGAUUCGUCAACAAUUGCUGUGUCCAAAUACCUGAUGUCAGUUACGCUCGGCAUUAUCACCAAGUAUUGGAGUACGUCCCUGUGGACGUACCCUACAUAAUCAAACAGACGCAAGAUAGAACACAACACACACUGCUACAACAACAAUCAAGAAUUGUCUUCUUCUGCCGAGUCUAUUAAGUACAAACAAGAAGUUUAAAUUGGUUUCUAGAAUUUGUACUACAAAAAGUUAUAUACUUACAUAUGCGUCAGCCUAUGUCCCUAAUUAGUAUUAAAUUUGCAAUUUUUUUCGAAAUGAUUUAGGGACCAGCAAAACUAUUUGCGACAAAACGAUUGAGAAAACGAAAAAAUAAAAUAAGUUAUAGUUUGGCACCUGUCAAUAAAAACCAAUGUAGACAAUUUGGUGACAAUGUCACAUAUAUAGUUGACAAAAGUGUUGACUUGGGGACACUUAACCCCAAACUUUCUACAGCGUCAUUUUACCUGCACACGUAAACACACGAGCGCUAGUUUCUUUGGUUGUGUUCAGAACAAUGCCACUUUUUGAAAUGACAUCUUGAUAACUAGAUGGCGGAUUACACCAUAUGACUUGUGGUUGUUGAACAACACUAUGAAAUUUUAAAUAUUCCUCGUAUAACAAACAUCAAUCAAAGGUUUCAUGUAGUCAAAAAUUACAUAUACACACAUUGGUUAACAAGUAUCAUUUGGAUCGUAUUGCAAGAUAUGUCUAAUCAAGAUGUACUACAAAGAAAAAAUUUCACGAUUUUUUUUUAAUUAAAAAUUUUAUUGGUAUUUAUCCUUUUAGUUAAAAAACUAGUUAGUUGAGACAUUUUUAUAUUUAUAUAUUCACAAUAUAAACAUCCUAAAAUAUUGGUUCUAGGAAGGAAAUUUUGUCAACAUAACUAUCCCAUGUUUUAGAGAAAUAUUUCGUUGAUAAACAAAUAAAAGCGUUCUUAAAUGCUUAGUUUAUAAAUUACAUAUGUAUUUCCAAAAAUAUUUUCUGAUCAUUUAAAAAUGUCAAUGAUUUUUCAAUAAUAAUAAUUUUUUUUUAUUUAACAACUCCAGAAAAUAUUUUCAAAGAUGCUUAUCCCCUCCUAAUGCUGGCGAAAUUUGUGAGGUACUUUGCCAUGCUCUCUUUUUGAUGAAGGUCGCUUGGGAUUAUAAAUGCUCCAAAUUUCUCCAUCUUUAGAUAUUGCUCGCACAUAAACCGAGCUCCCGAUUUGACUUCUUUUGUACUUAGAUAAGGCAGUUAUUAUAAACCGGUCUUUAGCCCGAUUAACCUCGAAGAUAAACUGCCUAAUCUACUUAUGAAAUUAACAAAUGUUGCGAUCCAUGGUGGACCCCGUUCCCUUAAGGUGUUAUUACACGAUCAGUGCUUUACAUAUGUGCCCUCACUUUCCUUAUAUACGUCAAACUGUACAUUUUUGAAAGACAUGUGUCUGUCUGUCUAAAUCGAAAGAAUUUCAUAUAUAUUCCAAAAUCUAUUUUCCAUAUUACAUUUUUCGUACGUAUUACCCGAUGUGUACAACUUUUAAGAGUUACCGCAUUUGAAAAAAAAAAUAUGACGAUACAUAUUGUGUAAUACCACCGGAGGCCACCGUGGCACAGAAGUUAGCAUGUCUACCUAUGACGCCGAACGCCUGGGCUCCAUUCCCGACGUAAAUAUAAGAAAAAUUUUCGGCGGUGGUUAUCCCCUUGCAAAUGCUGGCUACAUUUGUGAGAUAACCUGCCAUGUUAAAACUUCUCUACUAAGAAGCGUCGCUAUGCGGCACGCCAUUCGCACUCGGUAUAAAAAAUUUUAAACAAAAAAAAAAAAGUCGCAGGAGGGAGAUGCUGAUGUACAUAUGUAUUUUAAUUCAGAAGAUAGCAGUUAUAAAUGAAAAAUAACUGAGGUGGAUCAUGUCGGACUUUUUUCAAUCUACAAAAACAUGAUUUUUGACAGUCAGUUAUUUUAGGACUCUCGACAUCAAUCCAGAUUUAGAUAUAGCUGCCAUAUAGACCGAUCUCACGAUUUAACGUCUUGGGCCCAUUAAAGGCGCAUUUUUGUCGUAUGUCACUGAAAUUUGGGACAGUAGGUUAUGUUAAGCCCCUCGACAUCCUUGUUUAAAUUGGCUGAUUUCGGUUUAGAUUUGGAUAUAGCUGUCAAAUAGUCCGAUCUCUCGAUUUAAGGUUUUGGGCCUUUAAUAGGCUCAGUUAUUGUCCGAUUUCACAGAAAUUUGGUAUUACGAUUUGUGUUAGGCUCCUCGAUAUCCCUGUUCAAUACGGCCCAGAUCGGUCCAGAUUUGGAUAUAGCUGCUAUAUAUACCGAUCUCCCGAUUUAAGGUUAGAAGCUCAUUAAAAGUGAAUUUGUUAACCGACUUCGCUAAAAUUAUUGCGUUAGGCCCCUCGACCGAUCUCUCAAUUUAAGAUCUUGGGCCAAGAAAAGGCGUAUUUACUUACCGAUUUCGCUGAAAUUUGGUAUAGCGAGAUGUGUAAGGCUCGUCAACAUCCCUGUGCAACACGGCCGAGAUUGGUCCACAUUUGGAUGAACCUGGAAUAUAUACCGAUCUCACGAUUUAAAGCUGUAGACCCAUAAAAAGUGAAUCUAUUAACCGAUUUCGCUGAAAUUUAGCACAAUGAGUUCUGGUAGAUUCUUCGACCGAGUAUGGUCAAGAUCAGGCUACAUUUUGAUAUAGCUGCUAUAUAGACCGAUAUCCGAUUUAAUUUCUUGAAACAAUAAAAGCACGUUUAUAACUAGAUUUCGCUUAAAAUUUGACACAGUGGGCUGUGUUAGGCUCUUCGACUGUUGCGUUUAAUAUGGUUCAGACAGGUCUAUAUUUGAAUAAAGCUGUCAUAUACAUACACCUAUCUCCCAAUUUAAUUUAUUAGACCCAUAAAAUGGGAAUUUUUUUCACCGAUGAAUAUGGUACAAAAAGUUGUGUUAGACCCUUACAUAGCCUUCCUGAAUAUGGUGAAGAUUGGACCAUAUCAUUUAUGGGUUCCUAAAUGAUGCAUUUUCACCGUAUUAUGACGAAAGGUGGUUAAUAUAUGUAUAUAUCCGAGGUGGUGGGUAUCCAAAGUUCAGCCCGGGCCGACUUAAUGCCUUUUUUGCUUUUCUAAAUUGUGGCAGUUAAAUCAAAAUGGAAUAGGAUCUUGCUUUUGGGCGCCCGGGUAGCCGAAUUGGUAGCGUGGUUGGAAUUCCAGCGGGGGCAAUCCCAUGGCAGCCGGUUGUAUACCGGAUUGACUCGAUGAAAUCCUUUAUCGGCAAGGGCUGCCGCCUCAGUGUACUACACACUGCUACAACAACAACUAGUGCGGGGGUCGUGGAUUCGAUUCCCACCAUAGGCCAUGGUCUGGCGAUACUGUGGUAUCAUAAUGGACUUAAAAUUGUCUCAGUGAGUUUGUAAAGGACUGCCACUCUUACCAAACCUAACCUGUUUUUGGAAGCGCUUAUUUGAUAAAAAAAACCUUGGUAUGAUUGCAAGUGGUUUUCAAAUAUCACAUUUGUUUAUCUUCCUAAUUAAACUGUGCUUUAAUCGAUUAGUAAAAGCUUUUGAAUACUUUUAAUCUUCAAUUUUUUCAUCGAGGCAAAAUGAGUGCCAAUGUAAGAAAUGACAGUUAGAUAUGUGAGAGGCAGUAAAGUGUGCUAAGAGAUCUCUGUUAUGGUGGGUGGUGGGUGAUAUGCUUUAUGCGGCGGCUUUUGGUGUUAUUUUACAAGGUGUGUAGCAAAUAACGUUUAAAGUGACCAGUAGAUGGAGCAAAUGGAGUUUGUAGUAUUAGCAGUUGAUACGUGUAAUUUAUAAUAACACCACUUAUAUUGUAGAUAAAAUAUUGCUGAGAUAAAAAAGAAAGAGCGGAAAAAAUUAUAUAUAACUUCGGAAAGACGAUUUUACAAAAAAAAACACCAAACAUCGAAGGCGGCUAUUUUAUGUUACUAGGGGUUCCCGUUUUGUUUUUAAGAGAGUUUUCUUUCCCAUUUAAUUUAGUAGCGCAAAACAUUUGCCUUUAUUCAAAUACAAUGGAGUGUGCCAUCCACAAUUUUACAUACAAUAAUGAGCAUAACAAUUAAUUAAUAUUAGAAUACUUUAUGUAUAUCCUUUGAAUUCCAGAAUUAGCUUCACAUAGUCGAAAGAAACUUAAAGAGCAUCUAAAGGAGAAGGGUGAAAGUUUCAACAAAGCCGAAAUGAGGUCAAUUCUGGAAAUUAUUUUCUCAAAUCCCAACAAACAAACAUACAUUAUUAAUACAUACACUAAUUAUACAUAUUAUUCUUAUAUUAUUAUGAUUUUCCUUAUAAAGUAGUAUAACGCACAUAGGUAUUUGCUGUGUUUUUUUAUACUUAUAUGUUGUCUUUUUUAAAUAUAUAUUGAUAAUUUUGUUAUGAGUUGAUGAAGUUUAGUUAUUUUCUCUCUGGGUCCCUUUAUUUCUCAUUAAGUUCUUUGCGUUUUCUCAUCUUUAAUUUUAUUUAUGUAUGUCUUUUUUUCAUUAUUGAUAUGUAAUAUUACUGCUAUUGUUAUUUUUUAGAACUAAUAAUAUAGGAUUUUGUAUUUGGAUUUCACGAAUUCAAUCUCAGUUAUACUUUAGGGGAUAGUUUUAAAAAACACAACGCUAGGCGUUUUAAUCUAUCGAGUGAUUCUAUGUUUAUUUCUUUUUUUUUUUUUUUGAAUUUGGUGUUUAUUUAUUAAUUUCAUACCUAUGUACUUUUUAUUAUUACUUAUUGCUAUUUUUUUUAAACUAUACGUUAUACGUGAAAAUAUGUGAUUUAAGUUUUAAGUUGAAUUAUAUAAUUAUAUAAAUAAAAAAAUGAAAUAACAUACGUUAAAGUA